ACCUCAGACCUCAGACCUCCCAAGCGUGGGAGGACAUGCAAGGGGUCAGGGGAUACCAGGAGUCUAGGCCUGGAUCCUGAAGCUUCCUGAGCCUCCCAAGAGGCAGGCUGGAGAGGCCAGGCCUAGCCAAUGGUUGUGCCAGCAGCAGCUCCUCCUCUUCUCAGGCUGCCAGCACAGCCAGGCUGACUCCACAGACUCAGGCCCUGGAACAGGCUUCCCCACACAGCCUCCCAGACUCUGACAUGCAUUUGGGCAGCCUGCUGAGUCUGACAGCCAGUAGCCAGAUCCCAGAGAGCCCUUAGGAGCCACUGCUCAGCAGCUGACCCAGAUCCAACAUGAACUGGGCAAUGUUCGAAGGGCUCCUGAGCGGGGUCAACAAGUACUCCACAGCCUUUGGGCGCAUCUGGCUGUCUCUGGUCUUCAUCUUCCGAGUGCUGGUGUACCUGGUGACAGCUGAACGUGUGUGGAGUGAUGACCACAAGGAUUUCAACUGUGACAGCCGCCAACCCGGCUGCUCCAAUGCCUGCUUCGACGAGUUCUUCCCUGUGUCCCAUGUGCGCCUCUGGGCCCUGCAGCUAAUCCUGGUCACCUGCCCCUCGCUGCUGGUGGUCAUGCACGUGGCCUACCGGAAAUCCCAGGAGGAGAAGCACAGAGAAAUAGCAGGAGACGAGGGUGGGCGUCUCUACCCGAACCCUGGCAAGAAGCGGGGUGGGCUGUGGUGGACAUAUGUCUGCAGCCUGGUGUUCAAGGCCGGUGUGGAUCUAGCCUUCCUGUACUUGUUCCAUGCACUGUACCCUAAAUACACUCUGCCUCGCAUAGUCAGGUGUCAGGUGGCCCCAUGCACCAACACUGUGAACUGUUUCAUCUCCAAGACUUCAGAGAAGAACAUCUUCACACUCUUCAUGGUGAUCACGGCUGCCAUCUGUGUCCUGCUCAACUUGGUGGAGCUGGUCUACCUGGUAAACAAGAGGUGCCGGGAGUGCCUGGCUGCCAGGAAAGCCCGGACCGAGGACUUGAACCAUCGCCUAGACUGGACCUCUUCCAACAGACAGGAUGACCUCCUUACAGGUGACCUCAUCUUUCUGGGAUCAGACAAUCAUCCUCCUCUCCUACCAGACCACCCUCAAGAUUACAUGAAGAAGACCAUUCUGUAGUCGUCUGCACUGGGAAGAUGGGUCAGGCCUGGCUUGGAAAGUUCUGGUAUCUCUCCUAGGUGCAAUUUAGGGGGUGGAUGGGUAAGGAGGGCCUUGAAUAGGAGCAGACAUGAGAAACAGUCAAAUCUGUAUCCUGAAGCUCCUGCCACCUGCCCCAGAUGUGUGAUGAGGGAAAGUUACCCCCUCUAGUCUCUAUGUGGGUUUCCUUCUGUGUAAAGUGGAAAGGUAGGCACUCACCUUACAAUGCUUCUUUUUUGCAAAGAGACGUACAAACACCUUCAGCACUUGAAUCCCGUGGUCAGGGUAUAAUAAAAGUACACUUGA